AUGGCUUCAGCUCAGCCGACUACAAGGCCAUCGUCCCUGUACGCCAAACUACUACGCUUGGACAACCCCAUUCGCAGCUUAACAGUCGCGUUCUGGCUAUGGAAGGCUGUGUUGUACUUUGUCGUGGCCUACUGUCCAGGGGUGGGCUAUGACACCUCCACCUCCUUGAUAUCGUAUGCUGCUCAUCCAACGAGCGACCACUUGGAGCCGCUCUCAGGUCCUCUGAAAUUUGCCAGAUGGGACGCCAUCUACUUUCUUGACAUUGCCGAAAAGGGAUACAUUUAUGAGCAAGAAUGGGCCUUUGGCUGGGGCUACACUAAGCUUCUAUCCCUUUUGGUAUCCGGUAUCCAACUCUCUGGUGGAAUAACUGGGCCAAAUACCAUCGCAGUGGUGGGAGUGGCUCUUUCCCAUGUCGCCCAUUAUCUGUCUGUGUUGUCACUCUACCGCCUCUCGGCAAACAUCUUCGGCCAUGCAACAGCCGCUCAGCAUCUCAUCUGCUUCUUGUCCGCGGCUCUGCAUAUUAUCUCGCCAGCAGGCGCGUUUUUGUCUGCGCCGUAUGGAGAGUCGAUAGUCUCCUUCCUCAACAUGACCGGCUUCUACCUUUACUCAGCGUCCCUGAUUGCUGAGCGCAAUGGAGCAACGGGUCUGCGAGAUUUUCGGGUCCUGACUUCUGCAGUUCUCUUUGCGGUAGCUACCAUGGUCCGCAGCAACGGAGUUCUGAGUGGGUUCUUGUUUGCCUAUGAUGCGGUGGUACUGGCUUGGAAGACCCUGACCAAGGGCCCUACGAUGCACAACACGAUUCAGCUCGCGGUUAUUAUCCUCGGUGGCUGUAUCGUCGCAUCUGGGAUGGUCAUUCCCCAGUUCUUGGCUUAUCGCAUGUACUGCAUGUCCGAGACUGAUCUUCAGCCGUGGUGCGAGUGGACUGUGCCUAGUAUCUACGGCUGGGUCCAGAACCACUAUUGGGAUGUCGGGUUCCUGCGAUACUGGACCAUCUCCAACCUCCCCUUUUCCUGCUCGCUGGACCAAUGCUGGCUGUCCUAUGCCGCGGUUCCCCAGGGCCUAUUGGCGGUCAUGGCGUUCACUAGCUAUCAUGUUCAAAUUAUCAAUCGGAUCUCGUCGGGAUAUCCUUUGUGGUAUUGGUUCCUGGUUACCAGUGCUGUGGACACGGCCUCGAGUACCCCCAAGCUAAGCCGCACGGUUGUGAUCGCCGUGUACAGCAUGGUGGCUUAUGCAAUGAUCCAAGCUGUUCUAUUCGGUUCUUUCCUGCCGCCAGCUUGA